AUGGCACCAAUUACCAAAGAGUGCGAUUACCUGGUCAUUGGUGGAGGUAGUGGUGGCUUGGCUUCGGCGCGUCGAGCAAGUGGGCAAUGGGGAGCAAAGACAAUUGCUAUCGAAAGCAACAGACUUGGCGGGACUUGCGUGAACGUAGGAUGUGUCCCGAAGAAAGUCACCUGGAAUGCUGCCGCCAUAGCAGAGACUCUUGAUCACGCCAAAUCGUACGGAUUCUCGAUCAAACAGACAGCGCCCUUCGACUGGCCAACGUUCACGAAAAAGAGAGCUGACUACGUGAAGCGACUUAAUGGCAUAUACGACCGGAAUCUUGAGAAGGAUCACGUUGAGUGGCUACAUGGGCGCGCCUACUUACACUCAAAGAACGAGGUCGAAGUCCAAUUGCACGAUGGUGGCAACCAGACCAUUCACGCGAAGAAGAUUUUGAUUGCAACUGGAGGGCAUCCGAAUAUCCCAAACACACCAGGCGCAGAUCUGGGUAUCACGUCUGACGGCUUUUUCGAGCUCGAACAACAGCCGAAAAAGGCCGCUCUUGUAGGUGCAGGCUACAUAGCUGUCGAGAUGGCAGGCAUGUUUCAUCACCUCGGAACAGAGACCCACCUCUUCAUCCGGCACGACUCCUUCCUCAGGACCUUUGACCCUUUAGUCCAAGAAAAGAUCAUGUCCGAAUAUGAACGACAGGGCAUAAUAAUACAUCGCAACUCAGCGCAAUCAAAAGUCGAGAAGCAUCCAUCAAAACCUGGCUUCCUGAAUCUCCAUUACUCCGACACCACCACCAAAGACGGAGUACUAGAAAUCGAUUGCCUCCUCUGGGCGAUCGGCCGCUCCCCCGAAGUAGAAGAUCUUCACCUCGACAAAAUUGGCAUCAAAACUGAUCCAAAGGGCCACAUCGUGGCAGACGACUACCAAAAUACCAGCAUCGACAACAUCUACGCUCUAGGCGAUGUCUGUGGCAAGAUCGAACUAACACCAGUGGCCAUUGCCGCGGGGCGGAAACUCGCAAACCGGCUCUUCGGGGGUGAAGCGCACAAAGAUGAUCAUCUAGACUAUACGAACAUCCCCUCCGUCGUCUUUGCUCACCCCGAAGUCGGCAGCAUCGGCCUCACCGAACCAGCUGCGAAGGAGAAGUAUGGGGAGAAUGAGGUGAAAGUGUAUGAGACAAGUUUCACGGCGAUGUAUUAUGCGAUGAUGGAGAAGCAGGAGGAGAAGGCGCCGAGUAGCUUCAAGCUGAUUUGUGUGGGUAACGAGGAGAAAGUGGUGGGGCUGCAUAUUCUGGGAGAAGGCUGUAGUGAGAUGUUGCAGGGUUUUGGGGUGGCGGUCAAGAUGGGAGCGACGAAGAAGGAUUUUGAUAAUUGUGUUGCCAUUCAUCCCACAAGUGCAGAGGAAUUGGUCACUUUAAAGUAA